UAACUACUUUAACAUCUGAGGCGUCAUCAAGACUUGACAGGAGAAGAGGGAAGAAGAGAAAAACGAGGGAGGAAAAACAAAAACGGAAUAGGAAAACGUGGUUUUCUAUUCACGUCUGAAUUAGGUGUGGCAUUUUCACAAACACUUGGGGUGCAGAGACUGAUUCACCACUGAAAAAAGCACCAAAAAAUGCUGAGCUUUCAAACUUGCCUCCCGCCCAUACUGCCGAGCGCCUCUGUGCACCGUACCCGCGCUCUAAACUCUCUUCCUUGCUUGGCUAUCUCGAAAAAAUCCGAUUCGGAGCCUGAUCCUAAACCUCGCUCCAACGCGAAACCGAAACAUCGCCGCCGAAAAAUUGAAACUUCUGAAGACGAAGAUGAAGAACAAGGCGAGACGUUCCCGACGACGAUUCCGAGGAAGCCUCGGCGUGGGCGUAGAAGCGAGGCGGCCGCGGUGGAAGAUUACGUGCGGGAGUCACUUGAUCGAACAUUUGCAUCGAUCAGAGAGCAGAACCCAGAAAUUGUUGAGAAGAAAGAAGAAGUGAUGAAGAGGAAAGUUGACGACGAUGAAGAAGAUGAGGGUUUUGGAAGAGAGAAGAGCAUGGUGGUUGAAGAGGAGAGUAGGGACUGGCCUUUGGAUGCUGACGUGGGGUGGGGGAUUAGGGCUUCGGAGUACUUUGAGAAUCACCCGAUAAGGAACGUGGUGGGUGACAAUGGGGUUGAGCUUGAUUGGGAAGGUGAGGUUGAAGAUAAUUGGGUGAAGGAGAUUAAUUGCUUGGAAUGGGAAAGCUUUGCAUUUCAUCCAAGUCCGCUUCUGGUUCUUGUUUUUGAGAGGUACAACAGAGCAAGCGAUAACUGGAAGGCUUUGAAAGAGCUCGAAAAGGCAGUCAAGGUCUAUUGGGAUGCCAAAGAUCGCUUGCCUCCUCGGUCGGUUAAGAUAGACAUUAAUAUUGAGAGAGAUUUGGCUUAUGCUCUCAAAGUUAGAGAAUGUCCUCAGAUUUUGUUUCUACGAGGAAACAGGAUCUUGUACAGAGAGAAAGAGAUUCGAACAGCAGAAGAAUUGGUUCCAAUGAUAGCGCAUUUCUACUACAAUGCAAAGAGGCCCUCCUGGAUUGAUGUCAAGGAGUUAUCUCCACCUUACUAGUGGCAAUCUGGUACUUAGAAUCUGAACGCUGCUUCAGAUUAUGCGCUGGUGAAAGCAUUGGUUAAUUCAGAGCUUGGAAGCAUGAAGCACAAUCGAGAGUAGGUUGCAUUUGCAGGAUGUGCGACUCUCAUAAGCGAUACUGAUUAUUGCUGCAUGUGUGUUUGUAUGCAUUGUGGAAGUUGAAACAGAGUAUGCGAGAACCAGGUGAGCAGCCUGCGUGUGUGGCAUCAUGGGACUGUUUUAAUGGUGAAGAGGGCAAAUGUAGCUUGCAGGAAAAAUUUAAAGGUUGUGGAAUCUGCAGCUAUGGUUUGCUUGCUGGACAUAAGAUUUUUGCUGGUGCGGCUAUGGUUUGCUUGCUAGACAUGAUAAAAUUUAAGUAUGUACGUCAAGUGUUUAAGAUACACUAAACGCAAUAAGAUCUAUAUCCCCUUUCAUAUGGUUUUUGCAUUAUUUAAUAUAUAAUUACUUGUUGACUAUGUACAUUUUUAUUCAACCAAUACACUCAACUUUUUCAGAAAGCUCAGAAAUAGAGAUUAAUUUUCUUAAAUUGUGGUAGGAUACUAGUGUCCUUUUAAACUUACAGUUAAUAUAAAAUUCAGAUCAUUUAAGAAAAAAAAUUAAAUAAAAAGAAAAAUAAAAGAGGAUUAGGCACUAUAUAAACAAGUCUUAAAUGAAAUAACAAAGAAAAAAAGGCAAUAAAUAAACUCCUUUUUAUCUGCUCAUGUGAGUCUUGUGGUGACUGCAGUUUUUUGUCCUGGUAUUUGGGAAAAUCAUGUAAUAUACAUGAAACAAUUCCCAGUUAAUUGUACUGUCCAUCCCUCUUGGCACAAUCAAACCUUCACAAUCUCUUCCAU